AUGUCAGCAGACAGAAGAGAUGUGCAAGAGAAGGAACUUCUGAACCAUGCUGAUGGCAAGCAGCAAAGACUGUUACCCAGGAGAAGCAAUCAUACUGGAAACAUGCCUCAGUCUCAGCCUGAGAAGAAUUUCCAAGCAGCUAUUUGUCUGCUACUGGUGGAGUUGUGUGAGAGGUUCACGUUCUUUGGCAUUGUCUGCAACAUGAUCCUGUUUUGUACUGUCAAACUUGGCUAUCGCAACUACCAGGCAGCCAUUGUCAAUAUGUGCUUUGUGGGCACCUCCAUGUUAACACCAGUACUGGUUGGCUGGCUUGCAGAGUGUCUUGUGGGGAGGAUCAAGCUUGUGUGCAUCUGCAUGUUUCUACACUUCCUAGGCACAGCCCUACUACCUGUUGUGGCAUUCCCCUUUGAAGAUAUUUACAUUGACAGACGCCAUAUUCUUCACACGCUGACCAAAAAGGAGCAGAAAAUAGUAUUCUACUUUGCACUAUUAACAGCUAGCCUGGGAAUUGGAGGCAUAAGAGCUAUAGUUUGUCCACUGAGUGCAUAUAACCUUGAGGACUGUGGACUGAAGGAACUUCUUUCUUUUUUCAACUGGUUUUAUUGGCUGGUUAACUUAAAUUCAGCAGUUGUCUUUGUCAGCAUUUCUUAUAUCCAGCAAUCUGUGGCCAGGAACCUUGGUUUUCUUAUCCCAUUUGUAUCUGUCCUUAUGGCUAUGAUCACAAUUCACAUGAUGCGUGGUGAAAUGAUUUACAAACCCAAAACAGACAGUUCCCUCCUGACGACUUUUGGGGUAAUUGCUAGUGCACUGAAAACAUGCUGUGUCCGAUAUCGCUACUUUAGUGGAGGUGUGACAAACUGGUUAGAUCAUGCCAAGGAAAACUAUGGUGGUCGGUACAGUGAGACUCAGGUGGAAAGCACAAAAUCACUUGCCAGGCUCUUUCCAUUGUUUGCUUUCCAAAUUCUAUAUAGAACAUGUAUCAUGCAGAUUCCUUCAGGAUAUUAUCUCCAAACCAUGAAUUCCAACUUGAACUUCAGUGGAUUUAUUUUGCCAAUUGCAGCAAUGAAUGUGAUAAGCAUUGUACCGUUAUUAAUUCUUGUUCCUAUUUUGGAGUGCAUUAACUCAUGUCUCUUUAGUUUCAAGAAAAGUAGACAUUCUCCAACAAUUUACGUUGUUAUAGGUCAAUUAUCUGCUGCACUUUCUGUGAUGGUUGCUGGCAUCUCUGAAAUACACCGAAAGCAUUUUCCUCGGGUGGAACAGACUCUUUCCAAAGAGGUUCUCCUGGUCUCCUCCAUGCCUUGUUUCCACUUAGCUCCUCAGUACAUUUUACUUGGAGUGGCUGAAGCCUUGGUAACUCCCUCUUGUUCCUUACUAUCAUUCCGGCUUGUGCCAGAAAGAAUUCGAGGGAUUUCCAUGCAUUUUUUAACUCUCUUCAAUGGAGCUGGCUGCUUUAUGGGAGCUUUUAUUGUUCAGACAGUCCACACAGGCACUCGAGGCAACUGGUUUCCACACUUGUUGCAUGAAGGUAAAUUGGAGAGAUUCUUCUUCUUAUUGGCUUCCUUAAUGAUGGUGAACACCCUGGGAUUCUGGACCAUUGCACACAGAUACAACAAUCUGAAUCAGGAGUAUGCCAAAGAGUUCAGAGGAAGUCUUCCUGAAGAAAAAAUUUUGCAGAAUGAAAAAGCCAUCAAGUUUUAUGACAGUGUCCUGGACCGUUCUCCCAUUUUGCCUCCUAUGGAGGCGACCUGAUAAAAUUGCACUCUUUUUAGGAAAUACAAUCAAAAUUUAGUCUAGCAGCUUUCUAAUGAAUAAUUAACCUGCAUACUUCAUUGGAACUACCAAUGUAUUUAUGAAUUACCUUAGCAAUAAUAAUGUUAUUUAUAGGUUUACAAAGUAAUAUAAGCAUCAUAAGAUUUGCUGUUGUAGGAUGCUGCACUGUCAUAAUGCACGUUGGGGACAAUGAGAGCUCACUGCUUAGCAUAGUUGAUGGAAAGAGGUUUUUAAUCUGUAUAGGGAGAUAGGUAUCCACAUGUAUUUGUAAUUAAUAAUGGUUCAAAAUGAAUAAACUCUUAUAUACAUUUGUUUAGCAAAUUAUUUUGUGACAGCAUCAUUUAAAAAGAAUUUUUUAGGUAGUAUUGACUGGUUGAUGCUUGCAAAUGUGGGAUACUUGCAUGGUCUUCCUGGCUCUGUUACUUAUCUGCUAUCCAAAUUUCAGCAGGUCACUUCUUUAAUUUUCCCUUCAGUGAAACAAGCACAGCUAGACUAACAUUCCUUGCAAAUUGCUUUGAGAUCUACCAAAAAAUAUACUAGAAGUUAUAUAGAGGGAACAAGCCCAUAAAGUCUGGCUUGAAAUGUUUAUGCUGAGGCAUCUUUUGGCAGAAGCACCAUGGGAUUUGUCAUCACUAAAGGAUGACAUACAGAGAAGUGCUAGUAGGAGAACUGGAGACUAGAAUUUUCUUACAUAAAAAUUACUAGUGGUAGCCCAGUUGGAGGGGGUGAAGGGAAAAGAGUGGGAAAGGGUAGAUGCAGUUGGAAGUGAGGGGAAAAAAUGAUUAGCGAGAAGUGUUUUGUCUAAAUAGUGCUAA